AUGCCCGGCAUCCUCCCCAUGAAGGUCAUCAAGGUGGGCAACAGCGCCCAGAGCCGCAUCGCCCAGUGCGCAAACGUCGGCUUCGAGUGCCGCACCAGCGACAAGCUGAGCCGCAGGGCCUUUCCGCGCGGCUACACAGAGUCGCUCGAGGAGCGCGUUCGCCAGCUCGAGGCCGAGGUCAGGGAGCUCAAGGACCUGCUCGAUGAGAAGGACGAGAAGAUCGACAUGCUCUCCGCCAUGGAGGACUCUUUCCGCGUCCAGGCGCCUCCGCUGCUCCUCGGCGUCGAGAAUUCGGACUCGUGGUUCAUGGGCCCGUCCAGCGGCCGAUCCCUCAUCACAUCCCUCAAGCGCAAGCUCCAGGAGGCGGGCAAGCCGUGCACCGACUUCAACCCCGACGCCUUCCUGCACGUCCAGGGGUGCCCUCCCCUGACGACGCAAGAGCCCGACCAGUCCUCGAGAAUCCCCCCUCGCCUCUUCUCGGACCGCUGCGUCAACGUCUUCUUCCAGGAAUGGGCCCCCCUCUUCCCCGUCGUGCACAAGCCGACCUUUCUUCGCAUCUACGAGGAGUUUGUCGCCAGUCCGGAAAAGGUCAAAUGCAACUACAAGCUCGCCCAGCUCCAUCUCGUCUACAGCAUCGCCGGCCUCUCGUCCGAGUCGCCCGACCACCGCCAAGUGGCUGCCUGCGAGAAGCAAUGGACCAGGGCUCUCGAGGCCCUGCUUUUCCAGAACUCGAUGAACACGCUGCAGUGCCUCAUCCUCGCCCUGCUCUACUGCACCAUGCGCGGCGACCACCAACGCCUGCAGCACUACAAGUCGAUUGCCGUCGGCCUGUCGCACCGCCUCGGCCUGCACCAGAGCCAGAGGCGCUUCUCCUUUGGCGCCUUGACUCUGGAAACGAGGAAAAAGGUGUUUUGGACUCUCUACACGCUGGACUGCUUCACGGCAGCCACCAUGGGCUUGCCUAAGCUCCUCAAGGAGGACAUGGUUGAAACCGAGUAUCCGUCCGACACGGACGACGAGUACAUCACGGAAAAGGGCUUCCAGCCGACCCUGCCGGGCGAGUCGACUCGUCUGUCCAGCGCCUUGGCCCUGUUCCGGGCUUCACGCAUCCUGGCCCGGGUCCUGGAGAAUCUGUACCCCACGUCGACGAACCACGACCUCUCCCUUCAGAAGCUGAGGAUGCUCGAGGGGGAGCUGGAUGCUUGGUACGCGGAGCUGCCCACGCACCUGCGGCUCAAUUUCGUGCAGGACAAACCCUCGACCGAUGUCACGGGCAGUCGUUCGCCGCUCCUGGCCUUGACUUUUUACUACAUCCGUACUUUGAUUUACCGUCCUGCCGUUGGAUCGACUCUGGGCCCCAGGGCGGCGCCCGCGCUGCUCUCGAUUGCCGAGUCCAGCAAGCACAUGAUUCAGAUCACGCAACUUCUCGAGCAACGCAGCAUGAGCUUCUCGUUUUGCCUCAACAAGUCCGACCUCUUGGCCGUCUGCGGAGCCACGCUGCUUUACCAGAUGGCGGACCUCAAACAGGACAGCAAGCUGACGCGUGAGGUUGGGCGCCUGAUCAGCGUGGUCAUCAGGACCCUUGUCGGAGCCAAGGCGCCGGGCUCUCUCGACCUCGAGCGGGUGGCGCGAUCGCUCGUAUCUGUCGACACGGGCACCAACUCUUUGACCACGCCGACUCGUCAGGGCUCCAUGCCCGCGCCCUCGUGCCCGGCGGCGCCACUGUCCAGGGCCAUGAGCAACAACUCGGGCUUCCAGCACUGUCUCGCAGGCGGGGGACACGGGCUCCAAGCGCAGGACAAGGCGCGGCGAAUGACGAUGCCAUUUGUGUCGGCGCAGGGGGUCGAGGUCCACCGUGCUCGAUCGCGGCCGUCGUUUGACAGCGUCUCGCCAAGAGACAAGACGGGCAUGAGCAAUGCCGACUCGUAUCGUCUGUCUAUGGCGCAACCCUCGAGGGCCGCAUCCCGUUCGAUACCGAACCUCGAUUACUUGUCCCUCAACAACACGCCGUCGCAGACGCAACCCCCGUCACCAACGGAGCUGGCGCGAAUGCAGGCGGCAGGGUCUGUCCGGUCACAAGUCGAGCAGAUGCUGACGGGCGGCGGAGAAGGCACGGGGAAGAUGUCGUGCGUCUCGACAUCGGACUGGGAGGCGCUGCUCGGGUCCAUGGACGGCGGGCUCAACAACGUGUACGAUGCCAUCUACGGAGGCGCGAGCCUAAUCAGCGAAGCGUCGCUGCCGGGGAACCACACGCCUCACGUCAACGACUGGUCUCCGGACUCGUGGGACCUGAGCAACUUCAGCCUGGGCGAGCUUGGCAGAGGCGGGCGGGGCGCGCCGCAGAGCGUGCUGAGCACGAGCGACGAAAGCCUCAGCUCGGGAGAGGAAGUGGCGCCGUCGGAGCUGGGAUUGAGCGUGGGAAGCGUCGAAUACCACAAGCAUCUGGGGAGGAGCGGGAGCGGCGACUCGUUUGGCACAGACGGGGGAGAGGGUUUUCCGUUGUGA